AUGGCCACCCCCAAUCUAAACGAGAUCCACGAUACCCUGAUCGAUCUGGCCUAUAAAGCUGGAGAUAUCAUCAACAAUGCCCUCCCAGACACAAGCGGUCCGGGAUCCAAGAAGAACAGCGCCGAUCUAGUAACCCAAUACGACCGCGCAGUCGAAACCAUGAUCUCAACGUCUCUGAAAGAGAAAUACCCAGACUAUGCCUUCCACGGCGAAGAAACCUACUCUCCAACAACCCCUCUAACAAACGCACCAACAUUCAUCGUAGACCCAAUCGACGGCACAAUAAACUUCAUCCACAAUUUCCCCCACGCCUGCGUCUCUCUCGGCUUCGCAAUCGAAAAGAUCCCCACCGUAGGAGUUGUCUACAACCCCUCCACCAAAACCCUCUACUCUGCCAUUAAGGGUCAGGGUGCUUUUAAGAAUCGGGACCAGCGCCUCCCGCUCCGCAAGGCUGAGCCUCUGACCGGUCUAUCAAACGCCCUAGUCGCAAUUGAAUGGGGCUCAGAUCGCAGCGGACCAAACUGGACCGUCAAGACGCGGACUUUUGAAAAAUUGGGCUCGAGCAAGGAAAAUGGUGGGGCUAUGGUGCGGUCUUUUCGGAGUUUGGGAAGUGCGGCGUUGAAUAUUUGCUCUGUUGCUGAGGGGGUUGUUGAUGUUUAUUGGGAGGGCGGGUGUUGGGAGUGGGAUGUUUGUGCUGGAUGGGUUAUUUUGAAUGAGGCGGGGGGUUUGAUUGUUGAUGGAAAUCCGGGUGGGUGGGAGAAUGAGAGGGAACUUGUUGAGGAGUUUUGGGGGUUUAUCCAGGGAAGGUUGACAUAUUAA